AUGGCUGACGUACCGCCUCCUUCAUUGUCCGAACUCAUGCGAAUGGUAGCUGAGCUGCAACAAGCUAAUCAACGAAUGGCUGACGAGAACCAAAUAAUGGCUGCUCAAAUUGCCGAACUAAAUCACGUUCGGAUUGAACACAACGAUGCUCGUCAGGUAGAGGACGAGGAGCAUCAAUCCCAACCAACUCAUGUUUCAGAAACCGCUCGGCACGAAGGGCAGCAACCCGAAGACGAAAAAGAAGAGUCCGAGGAUUCUGUAGGCCCUUUUACGGAAGAAGUAAUGAACUUUGAAUUACCAAAGAGGUUCACCUUGCCGUUGACCCUCACGCCUUAUGAUGGACUCGGGGACCCGAGGAAGUUCAUAAAGAAAUUCCGAUCAAUAAUGAUCGUCAACGGUUCCAUUUCGCGCUUCCAUCAGUUGGCGAAGUUAUUUGAAGAACAUUUCGCCGGAUCCGCAAUAUAUUUGCACGACUCCGAUUACCUGAACACUAUCAAGCAAGGGCCAAACGAAAGCUUAAAGGACUAUAUGACUCGCUUCACCAAGGUCGCAAUCAGCAUACCAGAUCUCCACCCCGAAGUCCAUCUGCACGCAAUUAAAAGCGGCCUCCGACCCGGGAAGUUCCAGGAGACGAUCGCAGUAGCAAAGCCGAAGACUCUCGCAGAAUUUCGCGAGAAAGCAAAGGGACAAAUUGACAUCGAAGAGCUCAGACAAGCUCGGAAAUCUGACAAGUCGCACUUCCGUGAAGAAGAUAAGAGCUCAUCCCUUAAGAAAAGUUUUAAACUAACGCCUCGAUUCGAUUCUUAUACGCAGUUUAACACCAAGAGGGAAGACAUAAUCAAGGAGAUCUUAAACUCCAAAUUAAUAAAGCCACCGAGAAAAGCCGGCACAUACCAAGAUGCAAAGAACGUGGACAAAUCAAAGUACUGCGCUUUCCACCAGAAACACGGCCAUAAUACCGACGAUUGUGUGGUCGCCAAAGAUCUUUUAGAACGACUAGCAAGACAAGGGCACCUUGACAAAUACAUUGGUGGUCAUAUCCAAAAGCGCGGCCCAAGUUCCACAACACACGACCACUCUGAACAACACCGGGGAAAGGAGAAGGCAUCUUCAAACCAAUAUGAAAGACCACGAGGUAUAAUAAAUUGUAUUUCAGGAGGAUACGCAAGUGGAGGAUACUCAAACUCAGCAAGAAAAAGAUCGUUUAGAGCAGUAUGCUCGGUAGACGAACCAAAACAAGAUGCAACAAUCUCUAAUCCACAGCCAGAAGUCACUUUCACACACGCCGACUUCAACUCCAACAUACACAUCUUGGACGACCCUGUGGUAAUCACCCUUCAGCUAGGGGAUCUGUUAGUGAAAAAGUACUCUUGGAUCCCGGGAGCAGUGCCGACGUUCUGUUUUACUCCACGUUUCAAAAGAUGA